GAUAAUAUACCCGAAGAUAUAUCUGCCGAUAAAAAAGCUAAUAUACCUGAAGUUAUAUCUGACGAUAUAAAUGAUAAUAUACCCGAAGAUAUAUCUGCCGAUAAAAAAGCUAAUACACCUGAAGUUAUAUCUGACGAUAUAAGUGAUAAUAUACCCGAAGAUAUAUCUGCCGAUAAAAACGCUAAUAUACCUGAAGUUCCCACUGCUGAUAUACCAGAAGAAAUAAAUAAGAACACAUUUGCCGAUAUAUCUGCCGAUAUAAAUGCUAAUACACCUGAUGAUAUACCAGCAGAGAUGAUUGUCAACACACCUCAUGGAUCUAUACCUACAGAAAUAUCUGCUGAUAUCCCUUCUAAUGUGUAUAGUCCUACACAUGGUGUUAUACCUGGUAUUAAACAUAAUCAUAUAUUCCACCCUGUACGUGGUCAUUCAUCCAGUGUUACCCCUAGUUUUAUAUAUGAUCCUGUAGCUGGUUCUAAAUAUGGUUUUAAUUCAGAUCGUGUACCUGACAUUAAAUCUGAUUUUAUGUCUAGUCCUAUACCUAGUUUUAAAUCUAAUUUUAAACCUGGUCCUAUCUCCAAUUUUGCACCUAGAAUUACAUCUGGCAUUAAUACUGAUCCUAUAUCUAGUUUUAUAUCUAAUUUUAAAUCUGCUCCUAUAUCCAAUCCUUCAUCAAGAAUUACAUCUGGUAUUAAUAGUGAUCCUAUAUCUAGUUUUAUAUCUGAUUUCAAACCUGGUCCUAUAUCCAAUCCUUCAUCUAGAAUUACAUCUGGCUUUACAUCUGGUGUUAUACCUGGCGUUAAUCCUAAUCCUAUAUAUCGUAUUAAUGAUGGUUCUACAGCAGGUGUUAUAUCCGAUUCGAUACCUGUUUCUAAACCCAGACGUACACUUGAUUUAAACUUUGGUUCUACACUUGGCAUUAAUUCUGUUCCCGUACGUAGUUUAAUCCCUGAUAUUAAACCUGGUUUUACAUCUGGUAUGAAUCGUGACCUACCUGGUCCUGCACUUAGUUUUAAUCCCAGUUCCACACUUGGUUUUAAUCCUGAACCUGAACGUGGUAUUAAUCACGCGCCUAUAACAGAUUAUAAUCUUGGUCCUCUAUCAAGUUUCAAUCUUGGUUCUGAACGUAGUAUUAAUCACGCGCCUAUAACAGAUUAUAAUCUUGGUCCGCUAUCAAGUUUCAAUCUUGGUUCUGAACGUAGUAUUAAUCACGCGCCUAUAACAGAUUAUAAUCUUGGUCCUCUAUCAAGUUUGAAUCUUGGUUCUGAACGUAGUAUUAAUCCUGCGCCUAUANCCGAACAUAAUCUUGGUCCUCUAUCAAGUUUGAACCUCGGUUCUGAACGUGGUAUUAAUCCUGUGCCUAUAACCGAUUAUCAUCUUGGUACUGUAUCUGGUAUUAAUCCUGGUCUUACACGUAAUGCGCACAAAUCUCCAAUUUUUUAAAAAAAUAUUUCUACGGAGAUUAUAACGAAAACAAUUUAUGUUCUUUCACUUCUAUAACAUUAAAAUAA